UCAUUGUCAUUUUAAGAUGGAUCCUCUGUAUUUAGCACUAAGUUUGUACCGAAGAAGAAGCUACGAUAAGUGUAUAGAAGUGUGUACAAGCAUUUUGGACAAACAGCCUUUAGAUCAAGCCGCGUGGUGUUUAAAAAUGCGCGCUCUCACACAAAGGGUGUACGUGGACGAUAUUGAAAGUGAGGAAAUUCCCGAAAAAGAUUUCUUAGAUGAUAACGUUUUAGCUACGGCUCCCAGACCAGGAACGUCGAUGAAAACUGCUGUUGUUCCAUCUACAAGUGGUUUAAGUUCCAGACCACGAACUUCAACCGGUCGACCAAUCUCCGGAAUAGCCAGACCAGGAACUCAAAUGCGACCAGAAUCAGCUUUAGAUAGAGUAAGAACUGCAAGACCUCUGACCGGUCAUUCGGCUAGAUCGAUUCGUUUAGGAACAGCGGCCAUGUUAACUCAAAAAGAUGGUCCUUUCAUUCAAAUUUCAAGAUUAAACCUUUCAAAAUACGCCAAAAAUCCCUGUUUAUCGAAACCGCUUUUUGAAUAUUUAUUUUAUUGCGACGGAGGAGUGAGAACUGCUAUGGAACUAGCUGUACAAGCCACUCAGCACGGUGAGUUUAAGGACUGGUGGUGGAAAGUACAGCUAGCUAAAUGUUACAUAGCUGUAAAUUUGAUAAGAGAAGCUGAACAACAACUAAGAAGUGCCAUCAAACAACAUUAUCAUGUAGAAACUUUUAUAAGAUUGACGCGAAUAUACUAUAGAGUAGACCAGCCUUUGUCAGCUAUCGAUAUCUGUAAAUCAGGUUUAGAGAUUUUUCCUAAAGAUGUGACCAUUAUGACUGAACUUGGGAGAUUGUCGGAAGGUCUAAACGACACAGCGAUGUCCGUGAAGUAUUACAGAAAUAUUUUAGUUGAAGAUGCAAUGAACAUUGAAGCAGUGGCAUCUUUAGGAAUGUACCAUUUUUAUAAUAAUCAGCCAGAGUUAGCUUUAAGAUAUUACAGACGAGCUCUAUCAAUGGGAGCGCAUUCUGCAGAAUUGUACAACAAUUUAGGAUUGUGCUGCUUGUUUUCUCAACAACUUGAUUUCACUAUACCUUAUUUUCAACGAGCUUUGGAUCUUGCUACUGAUUUAAAAGUUAAAGCUGAAGUUUGGUACAACUUGUCCCACCUUGCUAUGGCAGCUGGAGAUGUCCAACUGGCCGUUCAGUGUUUAAAUUUAUGCCUGUGUUCGGAUUCCACGCAUGCCCCCGCUUUCAACAAUUUGGCAGUCCUGUAUCACAAAAUGGGCAAGAUAAAUCUAGCCAAAGCUUACCUGACAUCUGCCAAGACGUUGGAACCAGAAUUGGCGGAGGUACAUGUUAAUCUGGAGUAUCUUCAGCACGCUUAGAAAAUUCAUAAGUUCUUUGUUAC